CUGUCUCUUAAGUGUGAGUGCUUAAGACAAACGCCUCUUCAGAAAGUAUCGCUUUUAUAACUAAAUACAUGGAAACUACUGGAUGGCUUACGUUUAAAUUGCGGAUUUUUUACUUAAAAUGCUUUCUUUUUGCAAAUAGUUGUGUUUGAAAGGAAGUUUUAGAUUUCUUAACGAGGUUGAAGUUUGGAUGAUUGUCGCUGGAGUUUGGAGUUUCAUGAUGAUCUUCAAUCUGACGUUCAUGAAAUGUUCGGUGGUGGUGUUCCUGCUGUGCUCGGGGCUGGCAUACUGUGGGGCAGAGCUGAGUGGCGUGUUGGCGGCCCAGUGGUCCAGCGAUGACAGGAACCGGACGCAGCGACACAGAACCUGUCUGGAGAACCAUCAGUACCUCCACCAGGACCUCUGCUGCCUCAACUGCCAGGCCGGUACGUUCGUGCAGAGGGCGUGUGACCGGGACAUGGAGCAGGGGACAUGUAUGUCCUGCGAGCAUGGCCACACCUACACAGAACACUCCAACGGGAUGAACAGCUGCCUGCCCUGCACGCACUGCCGCAAGGAUCAGAGCGAGACGGUGCCCUGUACCAGUACCACAGACACCGAGUGCCAGUGUCGAGCGGGCACCUUCUGUGUGCCAGAGCAGGCCUGUGAGGUCUGCAAGAGAUGUGCCAAGUGUAAAGCGGGGGAGGAGGUGGUGAAGAAAUGCACCCCCAUCUCCAACACUGUGUGUAGGAAACGGGACAUCUCUCCUACCCUCCACCCACCUACCCUCCCCACCCCCGCCCCCAGCUCACCAGAGAAAAUGGUUAUGCCAUUGGUCAUUCUGCUCUUGUUCUUCCUCCUCUCCAUUGGGAUUGGUUUGUGGCUUUGGAUCAAGAGGCCAUGUACAUUUCGGCCAGUUUGUCUCUCCGCUUCAGACAGUCGCUGUGACUCCAAUGAGAUCGUGAAGAUUCCCAUCGAUGAGAGUGGACCCACAGCAGAGGAGAGACAAAACAGCCAGAACGCCGGCCUGGAGGGGGAAGAAGCAGAGGAGGUCCGUCCCGAGUCACGUCCCCUGCUGCAGGAGACCCAGGGUGGGCUGAUCAAGGCCUCCCCUCCCCUGAGCCUGGGGGAGGACGAGGACCGGGGCCUAGGUGACAGCCUGCCCAACACCACCAGCUCCUCCCAGACAAGCCUGUCGGCCUUGCCCACCGCCGGGGCAGCCUCGUCGAGCAGCUCUCCCCGACAUAGCCCCUCCACCCAGAGACUGCAGCCCACAGCCGGGGAUGAUCCUCUGCAGAAGAAAUUGGUGCCCCUGCUAGGAGAGGAGACGUCCCUGAAGAAGAGCUUCGACCUCUACGACGAGUGGCUGGACGUGCGGAUCCACAACAAGUUCUUCCGCUACAUCGGUGUCAAUGACAACCACAUCAAGAUGGCAGAUAGUGCCCCUCCUGGCGACAAGGUGUACGACCUGCUGAAGAACUGGAUGCAGAAGGAGGGUCUGAAGGCAGACAUCAAUGUCCUGCUCCAGGCCCUUCUCAGCCUGGACCAGAGGCGCUCCGCUGAGAGCAUCGCCUUUGCUGCCAUUCAGAGGGGCUACUACAAACACGCAGACAUGCCCUGACACCCCCAGCCCACUGGGGGGCGCUGCCUUGGAGACGUGUGUGGAUUGCGAUUAAAUUAAAAACAUUGUUGAAAGACAACGUCAACUCUUAUCGGCCUAAAUGGUCUGAUGUAUUCGGCCUUCAGGCCAGUGCUUUCUUUUAAAAUGGAGGAGUUGGAGACGGACGUUGUUGUCUUUCGAAGAUCGGCGAAUAUAGUCUGCUGUAUUCAUCCUAUAGACCAGUGCUCUAAAACAAGACAAAAAAUUGAAAUGCAGGAUUUAGAGAUUCUUCUUACAAGAUGACAUCAACUGUAAUCGACCUAUAUGGCCUGGUAUGUUCAGCCUUGAUAGGCCAACACUUUCUAAAACAAAACAAAACAAAACAAAAAGGAGGAGUUGGAGAACGAUGUUAGCGGCCGUUGUGGACAGAUGUAAGCUGAGAGGUGAUUGGGUGGGUCUGGAGCUCACCUUUGAUCUAAAUGAUUUUACACCCUGCCCCUUCUCUAUGAGCGACUGACAUGGCUUAUAGGCCAAUACUGACCCCUGGGACAGGGACAUACACUGGUUUGUAGGAGUGGCAUUAGCUAGCUUUUUGUCACUGAUACUGCGUCUUCUUGAUGCACUGGCCUCUGGCACAUGUAGGGUUUAGAGCAACAGGUAACAAAUGCCCAUAUUAGGCAGAAGUUUGCACGUUUAAACUACAGGUAAAGAUAGACCAUUUAAGCACAACGCUGUAAAGAAAUUACAGUAAAAUAUGGACCAUACUGUAAAUCAUGGUUGAAAAUGCAGAUUGAUAUGAGUCAUAACCGUAUUAGAAGUUUUAACCACAGUUAGAAAUGGUCCAUUUGAAUAUUUACAUGUGUGUGUAAAUAUGUCUCAUACGGUAGUUCGUUACUGUUUAGAAGUUCCAGAAUUUGUUUAUGAAUUGAAACGUGCCAUAGGCUCAUUUAAAGUGUAUAAGUGCAGGUAAGGGCAAGGAAGUUGUUUCUUAUAAACGCAGAAGUGACUAAACGGAACGUUUUAUAGACUGCAUUGUUAGUUAUUUUGUUUUUCAGUAUUAAUGCAUUCUCACCCCACUGGACACAGACGUCAAUUCAACGUCUAUUCCACGUUGGUUCCAAGGGAUUUCAUUGAAAUGACAUGGAAACAACGUUGAUUCAACCAGUGUGUGUCCAUAGCUAUUUCUUUUGUUAGUCAAAUGUUUCUCAACAGUUCCUAAAAUCACUCAGAGCCCUGAAGGUUCCAUCAUUUUUUAUUUAUUUACAUAUUUAUUUUAAACGGAUGAUGAUUAUGUGUCAUUAUUUAUGCAAACACAGCAGCCCUGGAAAACUGAAGAGCACAGUAAUGUGUUGCUACAUUAUCAUGACUACAUUUAGCUACAGGGCAACAUGACUGAGAUCAAAUGGACAGGAGUGGCUGAACUGCAUUUGGGGUUAACCCUGUCCUGCUCGAUGGUGGCGCACUGAUCAAAGACUAUGUUCAGUGCACAUACGGUCAAAGAAGUUCAUAAUUACAUAUACCAUUUCUGCACAUAGAGUUUCUAAUUCAAGAGAGCCUUUCUCUCUGUGGUAGAGCCAGAACUAAAAUCCAUGAUUCACACUAUAGGAGCGACCCAAACAGUACUUUUCACAUUGUCAAGUACAGUUUGGCUUGGUAGUGGGAAAAGGCUAAUAAUGGAUUGAUAAAAAGUUGGACCCCUUUAUACAUGUCAACAAACAGGUACGCAAAUCACGUUGUUUCUCAUUGUUUGGCUCUGACAAGAAGAUGAAUGAAAGCUUUUCUGGAUAUUUAGUCCACGUUUAUUUCCUGUAGCGUCCUUUGUACAAACAUUUCUAAGAGUGUAUUUAUGUGCUUCACAAAAUAUACAUGUACAUAUUUACAGUUAUUAACAAAAAAAUUAAACCCUAAAAGCAGAAGGAACUGAAUGAAGUGUGAAGUAAAUAGUGUAGAAUAGACUUAACGAGGCCAUAAGUGGUGAAGUACUAGCAUAUGAUGUUAGACACAUUCAACUUAGCCCCUUUUUCAUUACAUUUUAUAGCUGAGAGAUAUGAAGCUACAGUGCUGGCACUGCCAUCUAUUGACGGACAAUGAAAGAACAGCCUGCAUCAAUUUCUAGGGACCUUAUUUUUUUCUUCAUAAUGCUUUUCUACAACCUUUUUUAACACAUCCCUUCCAUUACUAUAUUACCGUUGAGACUGCUUUUGCCUUUUUUUAACGAAGUCUUAGGAGUUAGGAUUAUAAAUUGGCGUUCAUAUCAUGUUUGCACUCUGGCAAUUGAUUUGAGAUUUUCUUUUUUUCUCUUCUUUGUACUUUCUAUAUUUUACUACAAGCCUCACACUUUUCUAAUUAGUUGUUGCAUAGCUCAAAAUCGUGUCUAUACUGCCUAUGUAAAUGUUUUAUGAACAAAAAUGUUUUCUUUAUUUAAGUAAUUUUCUCCCUUAGACAAUUGUUUGCUUGUGUCUGGAUUUCAGAUACGAAUGUAGCAAAGCCAUUGUAUUUGUUUAAUGUCAAUUUGAAAUAAAUGUUUUGUACAAAUAUCCCAUA